CAAAAUCUGACACACCUGACACACUUGUAUACCUGCUGUUAUUUCAGUUUACCGGCUGUAUUCCACUGGAUUAGGAAAUACUCUGUAUCUGUGCAAAUUUAGUUGGGGUUUUUGGAUUAUGCUGGGACCAUAAUCCAGGACUGGAGGUGGUGAGCAAUGCUUUUACACUCCCUUUUACUGUGGUACUUGGUUCGAUGUGCCCUGGCGGGACGCUCGAGGACGGUGCCGCGGCUCACGCGCACAGGCGAACUGUCAGUUUUUUUGAAGGAGGAGUCUGCGAAGACGGUUCUCCGACGCCGCCUGUUGUUCAACCGGUUCGACUUUGAGGGGAUCACUUCUGGGGAUCUCGAGCGGGAAUGUAUGGAAGAAACGUGCAGCUACGAAGAAGCGCGGGAGAUCUUCGAGAACAUUCCAGACACAGAUGAUUUCUGGAAGAAAUAUGUGGAAGGAUAUCCUAAGGAGCAACAUCCAACAAGGCUAGAUGUUACUGCUCUUUUGGUUGGUCUCAUAGCGGGUGGUGUGUCCAUUGUCCUCAUUGGACUGCUGUUUUGGUACCUGUACCAGCAACAAUGUCAAGACGACAGAUCCCUUGGGUAAGGUCCAAUUCUGUGCUGCUGACAACACUGAGUUUAUUUUUCUGCUGCCAUUAGAAGGGAAGUGCCAACUGCACACUUUUUAGUAGAAGGCAACACAAUAUAUUUGCUAAUUAGACUAAGUGAUCAGAGGUAAAAUGUUUAACUGUCAUUAUGGUGCCGUAGUUCCGCUAGGGUCUGCCAGCAGCGGAAUAGUCCCUCUGUGAUCAUAAGGGGGCCGGAA